AUGGUCCAGGCCCCCGUCAAGCUUAUGCAGUACGCGCAUGUCGCCCGGCCGGGGCUGCGGGUCCGAUUGCUGUUCGCGUCAUCAAUUGCUGUGGUGCGGCAUUACACAGAGCAUGGACGCUCGAGUGGCGACCAAAGGGGGUCGAGUUGCAACGUCACGGUUCCGGAGACGGCGAUAGACGACCCUAGAGUGUCUACGCCGAUGGGAUACGCCAGGGCGAAGUGGGUGUGUGAGCGCAUGCUCGAACGGGUGGGCGUCGAGUUCUGCGAGGAGCUGGAACCCGUCAUUGUGCGCAUCGGUCAACUCAGCGGACCCGAGAUGACGCAGGGGACGUGGAAGACCAAUGAGCACAUCCCAGCGUUGGUACGCGCCAGCCAGGCGGUCGGGGCAUUCCCGCGGCUAGAGGGGACCGUGUCCUGGCUCCCAGUCGACCACGCCGCGCAGUCGCUAGUCUCAAUGCUGUUUCAUCCUGUGAGCCUUCCACGCUUCUUACACCUCGAGAACCCCAUCAGGCAGAGUAUAGACGACAUUGCUACCAUCAUGGCACAUGAGUUGGGCUUUGGGAGGUGUGCAGAGAUGCUGCCGUGUGAGGAGUGGCUCCAGCGAGCUUCCGAGACGGGGUCCAUUGCUUCGCUGGAAGCGUUCUUCCUAGAUCAUUUCCGGAGCCUGGGACACGGCUCUGCGGUUCUCGAUACGGCCAAUGCUAGGGCUGUGUCACGAGCCUUGCGUGGGGUGGGAGCAAUUGGCCACGACCUGCUCAGAGAAUAUAUCAAACGAUGGAGGCGUGAAUGUUUCCUUGAAUGA